AGCAGGUGUGUUAAUAGGUGACGUUACAGCAUGCGCAGAUCUCAUAGCUCCCGUAUCCACUCCACAACCUUCCAACGAAACUAAGACAGCUCCCGAUCAGUCUGUAUGAUCACCAUGGACGACAGCGAUAAUGAAAGACAGGAGCAAAAUUCGAGCAAUUUCAUGCGACAAUUCCGUGACAAAAAUACCCGCGAACUGAAAAAUUUGACAGCUACUCAAUUCAUGGAUGUCUGGAGUCAUUAUGACAAAGAUGGUGAUGGUAUAAUUGAAAUAUUUGAAACGAAUAAUAUAUUUUUAUUAUUAUUUUUCGUCGGUUCAAUUUGUUUUUAUUUUCAGGUUGUUUCAGAAUCAAUGUUAGAAGAAUUAAAGGAAUGUUUCAUGGAAGCUUACGACGAUAAUAAAGAUGGGAAAAUCGAAAUUCGAGAGCUUGCACAACUUCUACCUUUAGAAGAGAGUUUUCUGUUGCUAUUUCGUUUCGAUAACCCGCUUGAAUCGAGUGUGGAAUUUAUGAAGAUAUGGCGAGAAUACGACACCGACGGAAGCGGGUUCAUCGAGGCGGAUGAAUUGAAGAACUUCUUGAAAGAUUUAUUGAAGGAAGCGAAAAAAGAAAGCAUCGAAGAAGACAAAUUGAUCGAAUACACGGAUACUUUGCUAAACAUCUUCGACAGCAACAAAGACGGUAAAUUACAAUUAAGCGAAAUGGCAAAAUUGUUGCCAGUUAAAGAGAAUUUCUUAUGUCGAUCCGCAUUCAAGGUAAGUCUUCAAAUAUAUCAUUUAAUUAUAUACAGUAUUUCCUCGAUUAAACUCUGAUCUCCUAUAAAAUCCGGGGAAUAAAGCUGCUGUUAAAAAUAACCCGGGUUGAAAACUAUGGAAAACAUGUUGAAUUAUUGCAACGUACAGGAUAAUGUAGUUCAGAGUGACAGGUAAUAAAUUUAACCUAAAUUCUACGUCUUCAGAUUGUCUACAGUGGAACAGCACUUUCUACUCUAAUGUUUACAGGAGCAUUUUUUGAAAUAAAAUUAUAAAUUUUGUCGAAUAUUGAGCGUGGAAAGUCACGAUCGACGUCAUAAGUAGAGAACUUAGUUUUCUAAUUAUCCUUGAUUAGCCGAUAACUACAGACGGUGAGCUUGAACUAGAACCACGUCAUCGAAACAGACACGUAACCUAAUCGGGUUAACUAUAAAAAAACCAAUUAUUUUAAAUGUUAUAGCUGUAACCUAUAAAUACAGUCAAUAAGCUGUUUUUAUGGUUCCAAAAAUGUACAAGUAUUUAAGAUAGAUAUUUUUUAAAGUAUUACCCACUGAGACGAGUGGGUAAUACCUUUACAAGGUAAUAAAUAUCAACCUCCAAAAUUCCGGAGGAUGCAUGUACUGCACGUUUUAAAAAUACUCCCACGAGAUUUAAUCCAGGAAAUACAGUAUACUUAAAUACCGUAUACAAAUAGAUGCAUAAUACGAUACAUUUUCUCUCGAUUUAAUUUUAAUUGUAUUUUUUUUUUCUAUUUAAUUUAAUGGAUUAAGAGGGUCGGCAAUCUUAGUAUUGGCAGAAAAAUUCAGUCAUACUUGAAACAAACUAAAUAGUAAAAAAAUGAAUUAUAUUUUAUCUAUUUUAGUUUUAAUUAUCGUUUAUCUCCAUGAAAUUAAACGUUGUUUCAAAAGUCUUAUUUGUGUCAUUGUUACGCUUAGUAAGAAAGUAAAAAAA